AUGAAUCUGUUGGAGCGAGGGAGCUGUAGCAAGAUUGCACUUUCUACCAACCCAGCUCUUUACUUCUUCACCAACGACUCUCUCACCCCCCCUCCGCGGUAUAUUUUCAAGCCACAACCGCUUCUUACUGUCAUUCACGCGUGGAAGAACCUCUCUAGCACGGAGGCGGGCUGGGAAUACAACAAUACGCUCGACAACGAUCCUCAGACCUCUCCACGGCCUGAAACCGAGGCUUUGGGCUCUUCAGAAAGCACAAACUCUUCCGAAAUCGACGGAGGGAUGGAUGAUUUGGAGAUACCCACGACCGAUGAUCCGCAAUUUCGCUACGCGUAUGAUGACGAUGGAACUGAGAUCCAGAUCAAAGUCCGAGGCUGGAAAAUGUCACUCUUCCUCUCCAACAAGUUCAAAUUCAUGAAGGAUAUCACUGAUUUGACGUCGAAACUACCCCCAUCGCAGAUUUCGGGCACCGCACCGCGAUGUAUCAGCAUGGAACUUCCGCUCAACCGUGACUCGUGGUCAUCCGAAUCACGAAGCCCAACUAUUAACGAACUCACCAUUAAAGUGACCAGCGUUCCGGCAAAGCUUCAGGUCACGGCUCUCCAUUGCAUGUUCAAGGAAAUGGAGAAUGCUUCCACGACGCUCACUCUCACCCUUCACGCAGAACAACAAAAGAUAUUCUGGCCAAUGCCGUGGGAAUACGGCUUUGAAUUCGAUAUGAAUUGGAAAGUGAAGGCUGACAAAGUCGCCACGUACCUCAUAUUCUCCGUCCCAGAGCCGCCAGUUCCAGAGCACCAUCUAGGCUGGUUCCACCCUACUCCGGAACAUAAACUCAAGCGUGACGAGGACUUGAAGACAGUAAACUUUGUGAACAUGGGCGCGGAAUAUCGUCUGAAGAUUCGGUAUGGACAUGUGACUAUGUGGAGGUUGGUUGCAGUCGGAUAUAGAGGGCUGAAUCCCGGGUUUGGUUGGAGCGAUGCAUAUGGACCUGGGCCAUUUGGGGUUGGAAGGUAA